AAGUUCGCGUCGUAGCGUGCCAUGACCGCGGCCCCAUCGCAGGCGGCCGCCGCGCAUCAUCGCACCACCACAGCAGCGGAAAGUGACGACGCGUGGGCCCUCUUAGCACUCAGAAAAUCAGCACCGAGCAGUCCGGCUAAAACGGCCCAACCAUGGAGCCCCAUCGCCGACGAAGGUACAACCACCACGAUGAUGGGCCCUAUCGCGAGGAUCGAGGGUCGCGAUUUUGAGUAUAUGGUGAGACAUAGUCCGGUUGUUAUUGGAAGAAAUAGUUCGCGGGGGGCCGUCGAUGUAAACAUGGGGCACUCGAGUUUUAUCUCGAGGCGCCACCUCGAGCUCGUCUUCGACCAUCCGAAUUUUUACCUACAGUGUAGCGGCAAAAAUGGAAUUUUCAUUGACGGCGUGUUCCAAGGAAAAGGAAGUCCUUCUAUUAAAUUACCCAGAUCGUGCAUGUUUAGGUUCCCUAGCACUACAAUAAAACUGGCUUUUCAUUCAUUAAUAGACGAAAAUGGUGAUCCCCCUCCGAAAUUAAGAGAAAGACAAAAUAGAUUUGCCAAUAAUGCAUCGAGAUACCACCCUCUACCUCCUUUAAGGAUCAACAUACCGGAAACUGAUAGUUAUAGUAGUCCGUUUCCGUCACCUACAGGAACUAUUAGUGCUGCUAAUAGUUGCCCAGCAAGUCCAAGAGGUGGUCAUAGAAGUGUUCCUGCAGAUUUACACAUGGCCGUAACGUACGCGGCCCAAAUCGUACAAAAAACUGAAGAAGGACACCAAAUUCACCAGCAGGGUCAACACAGUCCGCCGUCGGACCAAUACCAUCCGAGACACCACCAACAGCCGACGUCGAACGGAAGUGGUUCGAUGCCGCCGUCCGUGGUUAUAAACGAAGGCGGUGGUUAUGGUUCAUCCGGUUCCGUUGUCGGAGGGGUUUCCGGCGGCGGUGGCGGAAAAGAUGAUUCAAAACCGCCAUAUUCGUAUGCCCAGUUGAUAGUGCAAGCGAUCGCAAGCGCGCACGACAAACAAUUAACCCUGUCUGGGAUCUACAGUUACAUUACCAAGAACUAUCCGUACUAUAGGACCGCCGAUAAGGGAUGGCAAAAUUCUAUAAGACACAAUUUAAGUUUGAAUAGAUAUUUUAUUAAGGUACCUAGGAGUCAAGAAGAACCGGGAAAAGGUAGUUUUUGGAGGAUAGACGCUCAGUCUGAAACAAAAUUAAUUGAACAGGCGUUCAGACGAAGGCGGCAACGUGGAGUUCCUUGUUUUAGAGCACCGUUUGGUCUCAGUUCAAGAAGCGCACCAGCCUCCCCAAGUCAUGUAAGCAUGUCUGGUUUGAUGACGCCCGAAUGUCUAUCGAGGGAAGGUUCCCCCGCACCUGAACACAUUAUAGAAAUUAGCCAAUCAGCUCCCGGAAGUCCGGGGGCCCAAGGUAUUGUGUAUCAGACCUCUGCAGGGGUUAUUGGACAUCAAUCCAUGUCGAAAGCACGAUUAUUAUUACCCCAUCGUGAUCAGGAACAUUUGGGUGGAAGUUCUAAUGGUCAAGAACAUAGAGAAGUGGAAAAGUAUCAUGUAAUUACAUCUGGUGCUACGUUAGAAGAUAGGUCUUUAUCUCCAGCUGCUUAUUCACCGCAACCACAACCGGUAAUAGUACAACCGGCGAAUUAUGCUUAUACAACUGAAAUUAAUUAUGGGGAUCCGGGGUUGGAUUUAAAAAGACACAUUGACGAUCAGGGGAGCCCGGAAAGUGGUGAGGAACCCCAGGAUCCCUUUCAUAAGUGCAAAAGGCCUAAGUCCGAGCCGUACGAGACGGAGUGAGUUUAAGUUUUUUCUUUUUUUGUUUGUUUUUUUUUUUUUUGUAAGAUAGAUGUCGAAA